GAACAGCAAGUAGCAAUCAUAUACAGACGACCAAACCGACUUACUUACACCCAUUCCAUUCCCCAACUUGAUUCAAUUCAAUUAUAUAUACACACCCAUCUUUCCGAAUUUACAGAAAACCCUCUUCCUCCUUCUUCUUCUUGUUAUUCUCAGAUCUUAAACCCCAUCUUUUCUCAUUCAAGAUUCAUCUCAAAACACUCGAUUCAGACAAUAAUAUUCUAUUAAUCAGGUUUGAAUCUUGAAUAAUUCUUGAUUUUGAAGUCACUUGGUGGGGUGUUUGUUUUGUAGUUUUGAGCUUCUGGCUCGUCGUUAGAAAGAAAAGAUAUUAACUUUGUAGAUAUAACCGUGUGAUGCGUAACAUUUAGAUGAAGUUAUCAAAGGCGUGGCGUUUAGGGUCUUUAAACAUGAAAGACAUGCACCAGAUAUUGCCUCAACACCACCGACAUCGUGGACAAUUAAAAAAACCAACUUGGAUUAUCGCGUUAAUUUCAUUGGUUUGCGUGUUUUUAGUCGUUGCGUAUGUUUACCCGCCUCAAACUUCUAGCGCCUGUUACAUCUUCUCGGCUUCUGGUUGCCAAACACUUUCCAGCUGGCUUCCACCUUCCGUUAGAGAAUUAAGCGAUGAUGAAAUUGCAUCUCGUGUGGUAAUUGAUAACAUUUUAAACACGCCCCCAAUGGUGUCCAAAAAUCCCAAGAUCGCUUUCAUGUUUUUGUCGGUUGGAUCGUUACCGUUCGAGAAGUUGUGGGACAAAUUUUUUCAGGGUAAUGAAGGUCGAUUUUCAAUCUAUAUUCAUGCAUCCAGAGAUAAACCCGUCCAUAGUAGCAGUUACUUUGUUAAUCGGGAAAUUCGAAGUGGCAAGGUAGAGUGGGGCACGGUUUCUAUGGUUGAAGCAGAGAAACGGCUUUUGGCAAAUGCCCUCAAAGACCCCGAUAAUCAACACUUCGUAUUACUUUCCGACAGCUGUGUACCAUUGCAUGAUUUCGACUACGUGUAUAACUAUCUUAUGUUCACAAAUAUCAGCUUCAUUGACAGCUUCUCGGACCCAGGCCCACAUGGAAGUGGCAGGUACUCGGAGCAUAUGUUACCCGAAGUUGAGAAGAAAUUCUUCAGAAAAGGCGCUCAGUGGUUCACGAUGAAGCGCCAACACGCACUCAUAGUUAUGGCUGAUAGUCUCUACUACACAAAGUUCCGAGAUUAUUGCAAGCCUGGUAUGGACGGAAUUAAUUGCUAUGCUGAUGAACACUACUUGCCAACCUUUUUCCACAUGCAUGAUCCAAAUGGGAUAGCAAACUGGUCUGUUACGCACGUUGAUUGGUCAGAAAGAAAAUGGCAUCCAAAAUCGUAUGAGAAGAAAGAUGUUUCCGAACAGCUUCUAAAAAAUAUAACGUCGAUCACCGAAAGUGUUCAUGUUACAAGUGAAGAAAGGGCAGAAACCACGAUCAUGCCUUGCAUGUGGAACGGGAUGAAUCGGCCUUGUUACUUAUUCGCAAGAAAAUUCCUACCCGAGACUCUAGACGUCAUGAUAGACCUUUUCUCAAACUAUACAACAAAAGCAUGAUAUUCUUCCCUUUGAUUCUUUGGUUGGGUCAAACCCAUUUUGACAUUGUUGUAAAGUUUAUUAUCUUACAGAAAGAUGGCUACGGUUAGGUUCGGACAACUGCUCGGGUGAAGAGUACAUUUGGGAAAGAUUUGAGUUAAUAGGGAAGAAGAUAUUUGUAUCAUUUAAGGGAUCAACUUUUUGGGUGAGUAAUUUUGUAUAUCUUUCAUUGAUUGAUUGGUGGAUAUUAUUAUGUAAUAUAUGACAUAGAGAUCAGAGGUAUCUAUCCAUUUUUCUUGUAGGUU